CAGCUCACGCGGGGAUCAACACGCACUUUAUCGGAGCUUUUCACGCACUCUUCUCCGCCUGAAGAGCUGAGGCGGUGGACUCCAGCCACCUCAGAAAAAGAGUUAUUUUGGGCUUUAUUGCGCGAUUUGAACUUGGUGAUCACUUGCUCUGAAAAGGAGCAGGGAAGACAACUGGGAAAUGCUGAGUCAUUGGUGGCAGCUGCAUGGUGGUUGUUAGCCAUCUGUCAAGGCUAAUAUGGAACGAGAAGGCUCAUUCAGAAGGAUUUCAAGGAGCCUCCACAGCAAACUGAGGCUGGGCACCGGCUCGUCCUCUAGCCUGACUGACCUCUCGCAGCCAAAAAACCCAGCAGGAGGGGAGAUGGUAGGAACAGCUGUGGGGCUGGCAGAUGAGUGUAGCAGGGAUAAAGGGACCCAGCAGAGGAGGGCCGGUGCCAACGCAACCUGGAACAGCAUCCACAAUGCAGUGAUCUCAGUUUUCCAGAGGAAGGAACUGGGAGAAAAUGAACUCUACACUCUGAAUGAAGGUGUCAGGCAGCUGCUGAAGACUGAGCUGGGCUCCUUCUUUACGGAGUACCUUCAGAACCAGCUACUAACCAAAGGCAUGGUCAUACUGAGAGACAAGAUUCGCUACUACGAAGGUCAGAAGUUGUUGGACUCUCUGGCUGACACGUGGGACUUCUUCUUCUGUGAUGUUCUGUCCAUGCUGCAGGCCAUCUUCUAUCCUGUUCAGGGAAAAGAGCCAUCAGUGCGUCAACUGGCUCUUCUCCACUUCAGGAACAUCAUCGCCCUCAACCUGAAGCUGGAUGAGGCACUGUGUCGACCUCGAGCCAGAGUCCCUCCCUCCAUCAUCCAGAUGCUGCUGAUACUACAGGGUGUUCACGAGUCUAAAGGUGUGACAGAUGACUACCUUCGUCUGGAGUCCCUCAUCCAGAGAGUGGUCUCUCCCUACCUAGGGACUCACGGUUUAUUUUCCACAGACGAAUCCUCCAAUUUGCACUGCUCUUCCUGUCUGUUGGAAAAGCGGCUACAGCGCUCCUUGGCCCCUAAACCAAGCAACUCACCUACUGCCAAGAACCCGGUGGUCCGUUCUAAGAGCUACAAUGUUCCCAUGCUAACUCCUGUGGUAGAGUAUGACAUAGACUCCCCAGCAGGAGGUGCCACGGGCAUCAGACGUCACUCCGUGUGUGAGAUGCCGUCUUGUGUGGAGGAGAGCAGCCCUAUGGCUAGGUCUGUCUCCGAGGUCGAUAACUCCAGCACAUCCAGGCUUGCCAACCACUCCCCAGCUUCUACAGCCUCUGCUGCACUUUCAGACACUUUAACCUCCGUCCAGGAGUCCCACCUCAGAUAUUCAGACAGUCCAACCUCUUCCCCAACUCCCCCGCCUCAGCACCCCUCCCCCUCCAUUCUCCCUGACCCUUCCCCGGGUGAUGACUCUCACUGUGCCGGUUCACUAGAGUUCGACUCCCCCUCGUCCUCCAAAGUCCUGACACAAGACACCAGCUCUGGACCCAGCCCGGCGUCCAGCCCAGACAUCAUGAUGGACCACAUCACAGAGUCUUUGGACUCAGAGCAGGAACACGACAUCUUUCUGAACCUCUCCUACCACUGUUCUGGAGACUCAACACACAGCAGAGACAGCAACAGGCAGAGUGUGGCCUGACACACACCUCCUGUUUAUGAUGUAAACACUGCUGAGCUGUGACGGACGCUCCUCAUGCCGCGUGACACCUCCUGCUGUUUUCAAGACACACUAGAUCAUCAGGGAAUCUUUCAAACUGAAUUAUUUUUCUUUAUAACCUUGUAUCACUAAAAACAAGUCAUCAUGACCAUUUUUGUCUCCUAUACGUUAAGAAAAACUGAAAAUAAAAUGCAGCCACUUGGGUCAAAUUAAAACUUUUGUUAUAUGAAACCAAUAUUUUUUAUUAUGAAAAUAUUCAGCUGAGUUUUGCAGCAAUUUAUAGAUAAAGUUGGAGCAAUGUUUUUAUUUGUUUGGUUUAGAAACUUGAAGUUUUUAAAUAAUUACUAUUUCAUCAACCUUAUGUGUCAAGACAUGUUUUGACAUUUGAUUAUUAUGCUGUUAGUAAUGUCUUUAAACAUUCUUAGAUGUUAAUUAAAGGCUAUUUUAUGAGAUUGGGUUGGGGGUUGUCCCAAAGUAAAUGUGCAUUUCAAUUAAAUUAACAUAUUUUCUCGUU